AUGAUGGAAACCUUUAUACGACAUUUCAUUCAUCAAUCUCUUUCCUUUCAAUUGUAUGAAAAUGCUAUUUUUUUGAGUGAGAGAUUAUUUGCAGAGACUCCUUCCAUUCCUCACUUGUUACUUGUGGCAAAAUCCUAUUAUGAAUCGGGACAAUACAAUAUUGCCUAUCACAUGUUAAAGUAUCAUUCUUCAAAAUGGGAUGUUCCUUUCAGAACAAAUACAACAUCCUCCGACAAGGAAUUAACAAGAUCAUUCUUUGAUUUUUUGGAUCCACAAGAAAGCAUCUUUUAUCUGUUCUCUUUGUGUUGUAUUAAAUUGGAACACUAUAUCGAUGCGGAACGUUAUUUACGAAAGUGUCAUGAUCAUAAUGAAAAUAAUGCUAUCAUCAAUUAUUGGUUAGGAAUGGUUUAUAAAUUGACUUGCAGAAAAGAAUUAGCAAUUUAUCAUUUUCAUAGAUGUGUAUCACUGUGCCCGAUGUUGUGGUCAGCAUACGAGCAUUUAGCUCAACUUGGAUAUGACAAAGUAGAAGCAGAUGGUUUAUUUGACCCAAGCAAAUCUUCACAGCUCUAUGACCGAUUUUCACAAAUGUAUUCUGAGCUAUCAGGCAAUAAUUCAAAUAAUAAUUCUACCAAUAUUCCGCUUGCAACAAAUUUCAGCUUUACAUCUACAAUGAAGCCACCAACCAAUUCCAUUUCAAAACAAGUGGAUUUUCUGCAUACCACCACGCAAAAUAAUAUUUCAGAUAAUGACAUCAAUAUGGAUCAAAACACGCAGUUUCCAACUGAAACAGGAGUAUCAUCUACUCCAAACAAGCCCAAAAGCUAUGAAUUUCCAUUAGUUUUCAAUCCAACAGCUACUACUAAUGCAAAAACUCCAAAUUUAUCAGCUAAGAACAAACCUAGAGCAAGCAUUGGAAGUGCUUCUAGAGGCAGUUUGGGAAAUCAUGAGAUGUUUUCACAUUCAACCCAACAAACACCAAAUUCGUUUUUCUACAGAACUCCAUCUCCUCAACAAUCGCCCUCCUCAGCAGUGACCCAUCACCCACCAACCAUGACCCAAAAGCCAAAACCUUCAAGGAAAAGUCAAGCAUCAACGAUUGCAUCCACAACGAGUACAAGUAAGAAAAUAACAUUUGAAUCCACAGAAAAGAAAAUUAGUAGGUCGAGUUUGACAAGUUCAAGCAGUGAAUCCGAAGAUUCCAACUUUUCACUCUACCCAUCACAACCUUUGCAUUCAUUCCCUAAAACCUUUAAAGCAUCUCCUCAAAGAAUGUAUCAACUAGAUUCUUUAAAUCAGGCUCAUACCGACUCAUUCUUAAAUCCAAACAUUGGGUUUAACAUUCUUUCCAAUCUCUCAUCAAGUACUCCAGGAUCAACAACAGUAGCGAAUUCGAAUAUUAGCCCAUUUUUGAGUUGGCAAUCUGUUUUUUCACUCAAUUACAAACAAGUGACUGCGAAUGAUGUGUCAUCCACACUUGCUCUACUCAACGCUCAUGCCAUUCCACUCAAAUUCUUUUCUCAAUACAAAGGAAAAGAAGCGAUUGAACAUUUUGAAAAGCUUCCUCCAAAACAUUAUCAAAGCGGAUGGGUGUUACAACACGUAGGAAGAUCUCAUUUCGAAAUGGCUCAAUACGAGGAUGCAGAAACUGCAUUUGAACGAAUUCAAAUGAACGAACCUUAUCGAUUGGAUGGAUUAGAAAUAUAUAGUACUAUUUUAUGGCAUCUUAAAAAGGAUAAGAAGCUGAGCUAUCUCGCUCAACAUAUGAGUGAGAUUGAUAAAACUGCUCCUCAGACUCUUUGUGCCAUUGGAAAUUGUUUUAGUCAGCAGAAAGAUCAUGAAACAGCACUAAAAUUCUUUGAAAAAGCAACCAAGGUUGAUAAUUUAUUCACAUAUGCUUAUACAUUAGCUGGACAUGAACGAGCAGCCAAUGAUGAUCUCGAAAGUGCUUUGCAAUGUUAUAGACAUGCCAUCAGAAUUGAUGACCGGCAUUACAAUGCAUGGUAUGGCAUUGGAGCUGUUUAUUUUAGACAAGAAAAGUAUCAACUUGCCAUGUAUCACUUCACAAAAGCUAUUAGUAUCAAUUCAAAGAGCUCUGUGUUGUAUUGUUAUGCUGGAAUGGCAGAGGCAGCUUGUGGACGCUAUGAACAAGCCAUCAAAAUGUUUACUCAUGCCAUUAGAAUUCAUCCUCAGAAUCCAAUGCCAAAAUUCAAAAAAGCAAAUGCUCUCAUCGCUUUACAACGAUAUAAUGAAGCUCUUGACGAAUUGAAAGAACUCAAGCAAAUGGUUCCAAAGGAAUCACAAAUUUACUUUACGUGUGGCAAGAUUUAUGCAGCUCGAAAACAAAAAGAGCAAGCUCUGUAUGAAUUUAACAUGGCUCUUGAUUUGGACAGCUCAAAAGAGAACCCAUUAAUUAAGGAAGCAAUUUCGAAACUGUUCGAAGAGGAAGAUGCUCAAGAGAUACAAAAAGAUGAUAAAUUAGAUGAACGUGAUGAUUAA